AGCACAGUCAGCACGUUCUCUCCAUCGAGUCCGCCUUCGAAACCAAAACUCUGCCGUGAAGAAAUUGCCAACUACGGAGAGUGCAAGGGCGAUAUUAGUGGCUGGAUCGACUGGCUUGGCCUUCUACAGCAUGUCACCGAUUCCGGCGAUAUCCACUCUAUUCUUGGACACCGGUGCAGUCACCAGACUAGCGGCCUGUCCUGCUCCACUAGAGCACGUAAUUCCAAUCAUAGUGGAGCCAGGGACUGCCACCAAAACCAGCAGGGUCAACUUCAGUUCAAGCACGUGCCCCCCGGAUAGAUGCAAGCGCCGGACUCCUGGCCCCCUUAGUCGAACCAACACGAUGUGCAGCACGACACACCGCAUGGCGUCCAGCGCGGAGUCCGGCGUCCCGUCCAGAGCCUCGCAGAUCACCAAGUUGCCUGGCUGCCAGCGACCAUCUGUGUACUCGACCCUCAAGGACGUGUCCCAGGCUUUCGAUCUAAAAGGACGCUCCGAACUUCUCUCCCAGACUACCGAGAACCGUACUAGGUCACGUGGGCGUCCCAUGCAGCGACUCCACUCCCUGCCGGCACGAGGACGACUGCGUGGACGGCGUUUAAGGGCGCAAAGCGCCUGGCUUGCCCGUCCUAAAGGGUACCUGCAACUCUGCCGCCACGCCGGCGACAGAGAAGCUGUGGGCGUCGAAGAGGGCCACCAUUCCGAGGCGUUCAAGCUGGAACAGUCCUCCGGCUGUCGCCCGGUUCACGUUCGUGUUUAUACACUCCGCCUAGACACCGUUCCCUACGACUGCCGCCACGGAUACCACACACGUGACGACGGGGCAAAGCCGGUGGCAGGGUACGACAGUGUGUGACACGACUGCCCACGGCCAGGAGGUCUCUUCUGGGACACAGUGUCCACGGUCACUGCCAAUGGAGACUAGGAGAUGGAGAAGAUAUUAGCCCGAGGGGGAUUCCAUUCGGACAUUAUCAGGACGCGCAUUUAUCGCCAUCAUGGCGUGCAUGUAUUUCCUUGUUUUGGUAUUUAGAAAAUGUUCGUUAGUAACCUUAAGAACUGUUUCAAAGGCCUGUUUCUGUCGCAGGUCUUGAUUCAGUUUCUGUCGUAGGUCUUGCAAUAAAAAUUAGAUGUGUCGAA